UCCCGCGCCACCCCACCUCCUGGUACUUACCUAUGUCGAGCACGCCUCCGCCGCGACCUCCCGACGACGCCUACGAGUCCUACCUUGGGUUCGUGCUCCUCUCCCUCCUCGGCCCCUCCCGGUUUGGUGGUAGGCUCGGCUGCCCUGGCACUACUUCGACUACCUCGCCGUCUCCAUCUACCACGGCCUCGGCUACAGCCACAACUGCGCGCCCGAUUCAGAUCUCGUGCAUGACAUUGGACAUGACCCUUUCAGUCAUUUGUUUGAGCAUGAGUUUCUUCCUCGUGUUGAUGACAGGGAAGAGAGCUCCUGCACCGCCACCUCAAGCACCAAAAUCUCCUGUAACUGUAUCCUCUUGAAGCUCAAUGAUCUCAAAUGAUAUUAGUUAUGUGUAGUGCUACUAUGACAGUGAACUUGAGACUUAGUGAAGGUGGUGUUGCUAUAAUGAUGAAGCUGGGUUCAGAUUAUUUUUCAAAGCAAGACCAACCCCACAUUACACUAGUAGUUUACAAAGGGGAUAAGCUUAAGUAAAUUUUCAUUGGCACAUCACAAGUAGUGCAGAGCAACUUGAUAAACACAUUUAGUUCUUAAUUGGUUGUAGAAAGCUAAACAGUAAUCUAGCAAUUUAGUUCUUAAGCAUUUACAUGCCGAUGAUCUCCAAGUAUCCUUCUCAUUUCCCUCCAAUUAAGUUUGCAUCAAAUUAUCUUCAGUUCACAGCUGACAUGGUUUAACAGAAUUGUGGUACAAAACUGAGUUUCAGCUUUGUUUUACUUGGUUCGAGUUUUUAUGAAAUAGGAUAAAAGAAUCACGUAGAGGAGGUAUUAGUGCACAAAUGGCCUGAACCUUAGUUUACUUUUCAAGAUCUAAAAUGUGUCUUUGCAUAAAGAGUACACUAAUACUCUGACCACUAUCCUCCUUUUGCGGAGAACUGAUUCAAAACUACAGUAGAGUAGUUGCUUCUCUGAUUAUUUAUGCUCUAUAUGUCUUUGGGGUUACCUAGUGAUAAAAAACCCCAUGAUGAUAUUAAGAUGAAGGUGUGCUGUACACGUACAUGAUCUUCUAGCUCAAGGAGUAACAC